AAUAUAAUAAUAUAUAAAAAGUCAACAAUUCGACCGUUGGAGUCUAAAGAAAUAUAUCCGUUGGAAAACCACAUUCAUCACCACCCAUCAGGCGUUAUUCAACAAACAACCCUUUUAAGUAGAGAGUUCAUUCCCGUUUCGCUUCUGCUUCCUUCACCGCUCCUACAAAAUUCCGAUCCCCAUUUUCUUCCAUUGCAACUCAAACCAGAAAGAAAAAGACUUACCAUGGCGACCGAAACGAAAGAUUCCGGUGCCGCCGCGCACGUAGUCGAAAUCCCAGCAGAGAAUCAGAACGUUAUGAUCUCUGUAAUAGAACAACACCCAUUGAGGCAAAUCUCCGAAAGCUCUGGCCAUUUAUUGCUUUUAAAGCUCUGGCAACGAGAGGAGCAUCUGUUCGGCCUACGAAUUGGGCGGCGAGAGACCAAACUGGAGUCUCUAAAGCAACAGAUCUUCCAACUCUGCUGCUACUUCUUCCUGUUCCACGCCCUGUCUCUGACUCUCUUGUUCACUUCGUCCGAUCCCAAUGUGUGCCACAAAUGGUGGGUUCCGGGAGUGGCAAUGGGGGCGACGUCGGGCGUGUUUGUGAUCGUGGUGCAGCUGAAAUUGUGGCUGUAUUGGAAGGCAUCAGCGCAGCUGCAAAGGGAGAAGAGUGAGAACAGAGCACUUACAAGAUGUGUGCAAGAGCUGAGGAUGAAAGGGUCGUGUUUUAAUUUGUCGAAAGAGCCUCAAAUUGGGCAUAGGAUGAAGAGCUCUAGUGUGGAGAUUAAAUGGGGGCCUCUUACUUUGUUGUCUAGGAAUUUCGUCACCAUUGUUCUUCUGUGCUUUUCUGGCAUUGUUUUUGGUGCUUCCAAGUUCAUACUCUGUGGCCUUUGAAGUGCUUCCAAGUUCAACUUGCUGCAGCUGCCAGGUUGGUGAAGCAACAAGAAUAGUGUUGUGUUUGAAGUGAACCAAACUGAUGAGUGGUUGAUUAUAAGCAACACUGCUUGUGGUGCACGUUGUGUUGUAGGCAUGAUUAGGAAGUUGGCCAUAUUUAGUAACUUUUAUGGCUUAAUGUCUAUUCAUAAUUUUCUUUCUAGAAGCUCCCGUUCGGAUUAGUAACUGUAAUUCUUCACAUCUUCAAUAGAAAGAUCUUAGAUUUUGAUGACA